AAUGUUGAGGAGAAAUCCGAAGAGCGUAAAGCCAAAUUAAACAUCAGUCGUCGUCAUGGACGCCUUGGUACGCCUAAAUACUAACCUGAAGAGCAUGGAGACGGAGCUGCAGUGCCCGGUCUGCAAGGGCAUGGUGAAGCAGCCGGUGGUGCUGCCCUGCCUGCACAGCGUGUGCCUGCUGUGUGCCUCCGAGGUGCUGGUGCAGAGCGGCUACCCCCAGCCCGAGCUGCCCCCCGAGCCCAACUCCCCCGCCUCCACCCCCAACACCCGCUCCCCGCGCCAGGCACGCCGGCCCCUGCCCAAGGCAGAGCGCCCACUCAGGCCAGGUUUUGGCACGUACCCAGGUCGUCGGCGUAAGGAGGGCCCCCCACUGAUGAUGCUGUUCCCCUGCGUGCCCUGCGGGCGUGACGUGGAGCUGGGGGAGAAGGGACUCGCCGACUGCAUGAGGAACCUCACCCUCGAACGCAUCGUGGAGAGGUACAGGCACACGGUGAGCCUGGGCAGCACUGCGGUCAUGUGUCAGUUCUGCAAGCCUCCUCAGCCCCUGGAGGCCACCAAGGGCUGUGCCGACUGCAGGUCCAACUUCUGCAACGAGUGCUUCAAGCUGUACCACCCCUGGGGCACGCCCCGUGCCCAGCAUGAACACGUCCUGCCCACGCACAACUUCAGACCCAAGGUGUUGUCAUGUCUUGAGCAUGACCAGGAGAAGCUGCAGUUCUACUGCAAGUCGUGCCAGAAGCUGCUCUGCUCCCUGUGCAAGCUGCGCCGCGUCCACAACGGACACAAGAUGAUCCCCAUGACACAGGCCUACCAGACACUCAAGGACAAGAUCACCAAGGAGAUGAACUUCGUAUUGUCCAAUCAGGACACCGUGCUGUCUCAGAUCACCCAGCUGGAGAACGCCAUCACACAGACAGAGGUAAACAGUGUAUCUGCGCGGGAGCUCCUGGCCCACUGCGUGCGCGACCUGAUGGCCAUCAUAGCGGAGCGUCAGGCGGGGCUGGCCCAGGCGCUGGAGUCCUCGCGGCAGAGGCGGGGCGAGGCCCUGUCCAAUCAGGUGGCGGAGAGGCGGAGCCUGCUGGAGCACGCCGGCAUGAUGGCCUUCGCCGGAGAGCUGCUGAAGGAGAGCGACCCCUCCUGCUUCGUACACGCCGCACGCCACACACACAACAGGCUGGCCCAGGCGAUUGAGUCGCUGCAGUGUUUCUCUCUGGCUGCUGACCCGUCCUUCCGUCACUUCCAGCUGGACGUGUCUCGCGAGCUCAAGCUGCUCUCCGAGCUGGACUUCAUCCAGGCCCCUCUGGCGCCUGUGAUCGACACCCAGCGCACCCUGGCCUACGACCAGCUCUUCCUGUGCUGGCGGCUGCCGCAGGAGUCCUGCCCCGCCUGGCACUUCUCCGUCGAGUACCGCCGCCGCGGGGUGGUGCCGGGAGGCGGGGUCAGAGGAGGCGGGGUGCGCGGCGGAUUGGCUGCCGCUCGCUGGGGCUGGCAGCGAUUGGAGGAGGUGAGCAGCAGCAGUGCGGUGAUUGAUAGGCUGGAGAUGGACAGCGUGUACGUGCUGCGGGUCCGAGGCUGCAACAAGGCCGGCUACGGGGACUACAGCGAGGAGGUGUACCUACACACGCCCCCGGCUCCGGUCCUAAACUUCUACCUGGACUCCCGUUGGGGUCUCCAUGCCGACCGGCUGGUGGUGAGUAAGGAGCAGCGGUGUGCGCGGAGCAUCCCAGGUCUCUCUCUGCUGCAGGCGGCCGACCGCGCCCUCACUUCCUGUCACCUGACGGCCGACCUGCUGGUGGGGGACGUGGCCAUCACUCAGGGCCGCCACUACUGGGCAUGCUCCGUGGAGCCGGGAUCUUACCUGGUCAAGGUUGGAGUGGGCUUGGAGUCCAAACUGCAGGAGUGGUUUCACCUUCCCCAGGAGAUGGCAAGUCCACGCUAUGACCCGGACAGCGGGCACGACAGCGGGGGCGAGGAUGCCCUGGACUGCCCCCCUCCCUUCACCUUCCUCACCAUGGGCAUGGGCAAGAUCUACCUGCCGCCCAACCACCACAACCACCAUCACCACGCCAACGGCCGCGACGCCAGCCUCUCCAGUACCAACGGGCCCACCUCGCCGACCGGCGCCACCUACCCCCUCCCGCCCCGCCUGGGCGUGUGUCUGGACUUCGAGAAGGGCCGCGUCACCUUCUACGAUGCCCACUCGCUCCGGCCGCUGUGGGAAGGGAUCGUGGACUGCUCGGCCCCCGUGUGUCCUGCCUUCUGCUUCAUCGGGGGCGGGGCUCUGCAGCUGCAAGAGCUGGUAGCCAAUCGCAAUGCGGAUCAGACCCCGGUCAGGCGGGUCACCAUCCAAUCACGCGUGACGAAGAUGAAUAAGUGAUGAGUUUUUUUUUGGUUGUUGUUUGUUUGUUGUAUUGGGCUGAAAUAUUUUUGCUGUCGCCUAUCUACCUACUAAAUCCUUCGUUACGACAAGGGGAAACUUCCUAGCCUUAGUGCUUUUGGUUUUAUAGUUCCUUUCCUAGGAUUUUGUUUUUAAUCCUAACAAAUAUGCAUAAUUAUGCAACUAACUCUUUCUUACUCUGUUCUUAUGUUUAAGUUGGCUUGGUGAAUAUUGCCAUUUGGCUUCAAUAGAGCUGUCGCUGAGAAAAAAAGGCACCUUUGUAUGUAGAGUGUCACAAAGAUUG